GUGAGAGCUCUUCAGAAGGAGCUGCGCUUGCGCUCUGACGCCGCGGACAGCGAGCUCCGCAGUUUGAGGGCAGAAACCGCAGCUGCGCAAACCCAGGCGGCACAGGUCCGUGCAGACGAAGAGGUCACCAUGCGACGAAUGCGCGAGGAAUUCCGCGAGGCGCGGGAGAAGCUUGCUGCAGCAGAAGCCACUGUGAGCGUGCACGAAGAACGUGCGAAGCGUUUGGGCGCGGACGUGGAGGCGGAGCGUGUGGAUGGUGAUGCUCGAGUUCAACGGUUGCGUGCCGAA